AUGGCAACGAAGCUCAAGCACAACAGAACAACGCCCAAUGUCAAAGCUGCCUGCGAGGAAUGUCGGCACCGCAAGACCAAGUGUGACGGAGUACGGCCUGUUUGUUCACAAUGUUCGAAACGAGCCCGGCCUUGCGAGUAUGACGCGGAGCCCGAUGAAUAUCGCACUGCCACAUUGAAACGAAAAUGCAAAAUGUUCGAACGGCAAGCCCUGGCGGCAGAACAGCUCCUCUCUGCUCUCCGAGACCUUCCCCCAUUGGAGGCUGCCGAGUUGUUUCGACGACUCAGGACCGGUGAAAACAUCCCGGCCAUCAUCAGCACGAUCCCGCGAACACAGGCUCAGCAGGCUGAACAACUCAUGGGGUCACCUUCGUUUUCCGAAUCGUACUCCAGCACAGGCGGCGCGGAUACAGUCAUGGAGCAGCCUCCUCCCCAGCCACCUCAAGCGCAAUAUCGACCUCCACGGAGUGUCCCUGUGCAGCCCCCACAGGUUACUACUCCCGGUCGAAGCAGACUCGCCAUCGACUUCCUUGUCAAUGGCAGCGACGAGACACGCUCGGACACUAUACAGGCCUGGUCCAGGGAAGCCAAUGGGCACACGGGCACCAACUCAGCCACUCUGUCGAGAAAUUCGAGCUAUCCUCCGAUCACGCCAACGAGUCUAGAUCAGCACAGACGAUCGUCGGCUCCCAUGUCAAAUUUUGCAGUGCCCGUAAUGGAUAUGAUGCCUUCUGCCACAGUCACAGCUCACUCUGCGGCUGCCCCCGAGGCUGCAAUGGAGCAGCUUGCUGUAGUUGCACCGUGUUCAUCCAGCGACUGGGACAAGUACUACACCAACGUAUCGACUCUGUUCCGGAGCUUAGGAGAAACAUCCAAGGGGCCUCGGCCAUGA